UUCUAAGAUCUCUCCUGAUUGUGUGCCAAACCUUCCUAAAAAAUUUCAACCCUGAGAAUCUGUGUUAAAUUUCAAAACAUUGCCUGCCUCAUUAUUUUUCUCUUUAAUCAGCUCCUUCAUAUUUUGAAUUGUAAUGCUAUUGUGAAGAGAAACUUGUUUUGGUUUGCUCUUAACACUAAAAGGUGAAAUGGAAUCCUCUAUCAUAGUAACAGUAAUAACAUCAAUAACAAUAUUUGAUGGCACUAAUAUUAAUGAUAGUGGUGCUAAUAAUAAAAAUAUUGAUGAUAAUAAUAGUACCAUAAUGAUUAAAAUCAUUACAGUAGGAAAUUUAACAACAAUAAAAAUGAUAACGAUGAUAACAACACCUAUAAUAAUGUCUCAGGAGGAGAUCAAUAUUUAGAGGACAUCUUAAACUUCUAUAGCUAUCUCCUCAUUCAAUCAAGAAAUGGCUUUUGGUUGAAGAACAAAUCUUAAGAGUGAAAAGAUCAAACAUGGUUACACCUGCUACCCAGCUUGACCCUGAGGAAGAUUUAGCCAACUGUUAAAAAUAACCAUGUGCGAGGUUAAUUUUUGUUUUUCUGUUAAUCCCUACAUGCUCAAAAGUCUGAGCUCUUGAAUUGGAUCUUCCUUGAAAUCUGUUUUCUGAAUUCAAUGUGCAAGAGUGAUUUUUGGAUGCCACUCUGCAAAACAGCUGGGUGAUCCUCAGUUUGCUUAUUUUGCAGCAUCUGAAGAGGAGAAGACCCUCUGUGCCAUUGUCUUUGUUGAAAAACGAUACACAGCACUGAUCCUCAGCAAACAGCUUAACAUGGCUGCCAAACUAGAUCAGGAGCUCUCAUUCAUCAAAAGUGACUUUGUGAUUGGUCACGGCACAGGUGCAAGGGUUAGCUACUCCAGUAACACAGAGAUGAAUUUUAAGAAACAGGAGGAAGUGCUGCGCAAGUUCAGAAAUGACAAGAAAAGACAUGAAUUCAAUGUGCUGAUAGCCAUCUCUGUUGUUGAGGAGGGAUUAGAUAUUCCCAAGUGUAAUGUUGUCUGCAGGUUUGAUUUCCCAAAGAAUUAUUGCUCCUAUGUACAGUCAAAGGGCAGAGCUCGUGCCAAAGGUUCCAAGUACUACAUGCUGGUGGAUGAAAAGGAGCAAGUGGAAAAAGUGAAUGAAUUGGAGAUGUUGCGUGCUAUUGAGGAAAUCUUGUUGGAAAGAUGCCAUGAUCGGCUGGAGCCAACUGUGGAGGAGUGUAAUGAGUCAGUAGACACAGAUUUAUUGCCACCGUACAUACCAGUAAAUGGAAAGGGAGCUAGAGUAACUAUGAGCAGUAGUGUUGCUCUACUUUCAAAGUACUGUUCAAAGCUUCCAGGAGACCGGUUUACUCAGCCUAAGCCAGUUUACAAGGUUGAGGAAAUUAGGAAAUAUCUGUACAGGUGUAAACUAACACUCCCAAUAAACUGUCAACCACGUGAAGAUAUAAUAGUGAGUUUGGAGGACUUCUCUUUUUUUAAAUAAAGAAAUAAAAACCUUACCAUAGAAAUUUGCCUAUUUUCACUGUCAUUCUCAUCUGGGCCAUUGACAAUGUUUAUCUGUCUUCUGAUUGGUUAUUGGUACUUUGGUUUUGUUGUGGUGACUCUCAAAUAAAACUGCUCUCAUUCUUUGAACCAAGUUUCAGGGAAAAGCACUUUACUUCAAAAGGAAAAUUGUUUGUUAGCUCUUGGGAAUUAACCCUGUAAC